AUGGAUCGCGGGCGGACUGCAGAGAAUAAUGAGGAAGGGAGUGGCUGGGCAAGAGGGAUGAAGCAAGGAAGGGAGGAUAGAGAGGUACAGGGAGCUCAGCGUGCGGGCCCCUCGGAUGCCGCUGAGGACUGGGCGAGACAACCGGAGGCGAACGAGACACCGAUAGCAGUCUCAAGGUCUACGGCAGGACGGCACGAUCUGAAGCGACACAGAUGCUGCGUUUGCGAUAAGAUGUUCUCCCGCCCUUCUGCUCUGACCGCGCACAUGUCAGUACAUACAGGUACAAGGCCACAUGCUUGCCCACAGGCUGGAUGUGGGAGGCGUUUCUCGGUCAGCUCAAACAUGAAGCGCCACCUGCGAUCUCACGGAGAUCAUACCGAGCAGGCGGCGGUCAGCGCCGACUCAAGCACUGGUCUAGAACCGGCACACAUCGGCCAGACACCUCCAUCACCCUACUUCACACCACCCUAUCCCGGGCCUGCCCCCGUCGCAUCGAGCCUGGCGUCCAUGUCCACAGCGACCACCGCACUCGCGACCCCCUCCUCCAGCCAGCAGCCCAGCCCAACUCGGAGGCACAGCGGAAAGUCCCCUUACCGUGCUGGUCCCACUUUCAACCCCUACAUCCCGUCUCGGCGUAUCUCAUACCCCGAGCCAUCUGUCCAGAAGGAAUGGACCCCCGAGGUCCUCAAUUCUCCAUUCCGAUAUCGCGCCAUUCCCCACUCCUUCACUUCUCGCGGGAACGGCGCGGGCUCGACCAUCCCUGCCUACGGCCUUCUCCCUUCUCCCUAUCUCAGUUCUUCCCCGUUCGCCACGUACAUCGAAACAAGCCCUACUAGCGCUGCCCUUCGACCACACACUAGCGUCGGGGAGUAUCGUAGCGAUCAAGAUCCCACGCCCGCUUUUCCUGUUCAGGGCGGGCUGGAUGACCCGGACUCUCCCUUCCUUGCGUCUACGCCGCUUCUCACAACGGAACCUUUACCGUCGCAUCGACCGUUCCUGCCCCCGAGAUGGCACUUGGUCUCAACUGAUCAGGUCGAUUAUCAUCGGCCGCGCAACACGGGAGGCGGAUCGGCUGAGGUCGCGCCACCGAGGAAGUACUGGAGGGUAUCGCCGAUGACUCCGCAUGAGGCGGGUGAGUGA